UAGAAUAUUACAACGCUCGAGGCUCCAAGUCUUGUUCUGUCUUAGAAAGGGUGAAGAAGGCAAUGUUCCUUGGUGCCUCGGCAAUAAUUAUCCUUACAUUGAAUCACCGGGUAUUUAGAAAGCUUGACUUGGCUCAGAUGUUUUCAAGACCUGUCAUUAUUGUUAAUGGAACAAGUAAUGUUUCUAAAUUAAAGGAUGCUCUACAAAGAGGGAAGCAAAAACUGAGGGGAAAGAUUUCCUAUAAUUCUUCUCUGGUUGAAUUAAAGGUAAGUGAUGGCUGUGAUAUAAUAAGAGGUUACACAUUAAGGAAAUUAAAAGACUACCUAUUACCAAGGAAUAUUUUAAAGACUUCCUUUCCAACAAUUCAACUGCCUCCACAUCCCAAUAUAGAGAUAGUGAUUACGUGUAUUUUUAGGAACUUGAAUUGAUAUUUUAAGGUCCUAGAUUCAUUCAUUCAUUCUGUUUAUU